CCGGCGCCGGAUGCGCUGUUUCCGCCGAACGCGGCAGCACACGACUUGAAUGGGAGCGAGAUGAAAAACAACACAAGGCCACGCCAUAUUGAAUGAGUGGAGCGGAGGAGUCAGUGGAUUCGGUUGUGAAUUUUUGGCGUGAGUCCGUAAUUUCGUGAUAACUUCCGAUCCCGCAGCUCGCGGAUAGUAAAUAUUGGAUCCUCGCUGUGUUGUGUUAGUUUCGCCGGUUCGUUUCAUUUCCCGGGGACGCGAGAUUCCAGCCGCGAACCGCUAAUGAAGAUCGUUUUAAAUGUGUAAUUCACACCAUGUCAGUGCGGGGUAUAUAAAAUCGAUUUGUCAGUCAAGUUAACCAAAUCUCUGAACGUCCUUGAUUGACCUAUCCAGGUUAACUGAAUCCGAAAUGGAAGUGGACGAUGACUCUGUUGUUGAUCUGAGUGUUUCCAGUACUCGAAGAGCACCUCCAAUUGGUGGUGUUGAUUGGCCUGCUCGGAAUGAAGCGCACUCAGCCCGACGAAGUCUCCGUCCAAGAACGGAAGUGCCAAGCUAUGCAGAAGCUCCUGAUGUAGUCGUUGUAUCUGAUGACGAGCCUCGUGUAAAUGGAUAUGCAAAUGGAGUUGAUGAUUCUGAAGGGAGUGAUGCUGAAAUGCCACCCCUUCCACCAAUUAAAGAGCUGACUCCGGCUGAACUGAAAGAAAGAGAAGAUAGAGAACGAUUCGUCCGGAAACUUCGGGACGAACUUCGCAAUGAAGAGAUGACGCUUGUCCUUCUCAAAAAACUGAGGCAGUCGCAGCAGAUGAAAGAAAAUAUAGCUGUCGCACCAACAACAAAUGCACAAACUCCUGUGUUACCUCCUAACAUCAAGUUGCCAGCCUCAUCCUCUUUGCAGAUUACGGCCACUCAGCCAACGCCACCUCCUCAGGCACGGCCCAGCCAUCAGACGAGCAAGACGUCAACUCCAGUUCCACCACUCAUUAGAGGGCAACCUCCAAUGCGUAAUGGGCAGGCAAACAUUGUUCCUGCUGCUCAUCUAGGUAGUAAUCGAAGCUCUGCUCCUGGCAUGCCCCCUAACAUGCACGUUACACCCCAAAAUAUUCAAAAAGCCAAUGUUCGUGGCCCGUCUCAGAAUGUUGGAAUGAAUUUCUCCAAUAGCAGUCCAGGGGAUCGCUUGAAAGAACAGCAUCAUGGACCUAGUCCUCAACAGCUUGCCCCAACUUUGGAAAAUAAAAUGGCCACUGUGGGUCCCAGUUUACCGCAUGUCCAGGAACAACAGGAACGUCCUCGUGUUGAAGAUACGCAGACUCCUGCUCAAAGACAGGCAGCUGCCAAACUAGCUUUAAGAAAGCAGUUGGAGAAAACUCUCCUCCAGAUUCCUCCACCGAAACCUCCUCCACCGGAAAUGCACUUCAUCCCAAAUCCCUCCAAUACGGAAUUCAUCUAUCUGUUGGGUUUGGAAUAUAUAGUAGAUUACAUAACCAAAAGUCACGAGAAGACCCCUCCCACGCCUCCAGAACCUUUCCGGUGCUCUCAGUGUUCAACUAGUUUUACUCCUGUUUGGAAGUGGGAGAAAAGUACUGUAAAAGGCAAAGAUCCUAAAGUCAUUUGUGAGCAGUGCGUGACUACCAAUGUCAAGAAAGCUUUGAAAGCUGAACACACGAAUCGCUUGAAAACGGCUUUCGUCAAGGCGUUGCAACAGGAGCAGGAGAUCGAGCAACGGCUCGCUCAGAGCUCUCCGCAACCUCCUGAUCCGCCUCCAUCCGUUCCUGCUCCCGCACCAACUCCCACGCCCAAAGCAUCAACCCCCAAUCAUAAUCAUAACCACAACCACAGUCAUAGCCACAACCACAACCAUAAUCGCGAACACCACCCUCCCCCUCCACCACCACCACAAAGGCGGAACCCUACCCCACCCACGCCAUCCCCUGUCCCGUCUCCCUCUCCUCGUGAACAUCCCCUGGCCAAACUGGCUGCUGAAACAAAUAAAUUCAAUCCGCAUCAUGCCGCUGCUGCCCUGCAUCAGCAACUGCUUCGCGGAUUACCUCCGCACCAGGCUCCGCUCCCUGCUCACAUGUUGCCAUUCUCCCACCUGUUGUACCCGUACCAACUUGCGAUGGCACAGGCUAGUGGAAAGGGAUCCAUUGCAGCGUUGUCCCCUGCGAAUCUGGCUGAGCUUCAUAGGCAAGCAGCAGACCUGCAGCGGCAGUAUUUACUAGAUCUUAUUCCUAACCCGAGUUCUUCGCGAUCCCAUGGGCAAUCCCAUUUGAACAAUUGGAAAACGUGAUAACCUUACCCGUGUAUUCUGGGCAUUUAUUUGACAAUUGAAAUCUAAUUCCUUGUUUGUUUGUUUCCUCCAUCCAUGUAGUAAUGUCUUAUCCAAGCUGCUCAUUUUUUCUCUAGAACGCCAGCUCUGCAAGCUGAAGGUGUUAUCUUUGCUUUGACGAGCAAUAUCUGCUUCUCUUUUGUCCUUUUACAAUUGACAUCUGCAUUUUUUGGCUUUAUUUAUUGAAAUUUUUAAUAUGAAUAUAAAUGUUGAAGAAACAAUUAUGAGAAUUUCUUGUAGUAAGUAAGCUACCUCUAUUUCAGUGUUCUGCCUUCCUCCUAAAAUUCUCGAGCCCUCUUUGGGGGAAACCCCAAUCCUAGGAGCGUAAUUAACUUUUACUUUAACUUCACGCAUUCGCAUGAAAUUUUUCUGCUGGGCUGAAAAAUUGAUAAGGUGUGUCCACUUUUUUAGGAGCCACAAUUACCCAGCCUCCCAAUUUUUAGGCGCAUGGAGCUUGAGAAAGGCAGAACACUGCUCUAUUUAAGGGAAUGUUGUCUCUUAUUACUAAGCAACCGGUUAAAUGUGAGGUCUAUAAGUUAAGAAUUUCGCCUAAGUUAUAGAAGAGAAAAAGAAGAAUUUGAGCUGUGGAAAAAGAGAGUCCAGAUUUAACUGGGAAUCUCUUCAUUUUAAUUCAUGCAAUAAAAACCUAGAAUUAAGUAGACUAAUCAGCGAGUUUCUGAAAAUUUGGUUGAUUUUUUUUUGUUUUGUACAUUGUUAUUGAGCAAUUGUAAAUGAUGUAUGAAAAAUCAUCUCGACGCAUUGAUUAGUCCCUUGUAAUAAAUGUAAUGUCUGUGAUUCCAAAUCGAAGAGGUAAUCCAUUGAUUACUUAGAUGAAUAUUUGUAAGCCGCAAGUAUUUAGAGAAACUUCUUGGGCUCUUUUGGUAUUGAUAUAUUUUUGACAGUAACGUGUAUUCUUCGUUGUUUCCUAUUGCUUUUUAUAUGAAUGUAUAGAUUUUACAUUGUUUUUAUUAUGAUUAUUUUUUACAAUCUGUUGUUUUUUACCGCUCCUAUGUAAGAAUUCGGCGCAUUGUAAACGAUUCUCCUUCCUUGACCUGCGGCAUAAUUGUUAGCGGUCACUUCGUUUAUUCAAUCUGUCAUAUUUUUUGUCAGCACCCUAUCUAUCUUUCAUUAAGCCACCAUAAUAUUAGAAAGUCUGGCUCUUUAUCAAUGGCACGAAUCAAGUGUCUUUCCAUCACUGCAAAGUAGCAAAAUGGACUAUCAUUGAAUCCUAAAAAAAUUAAUGUAUCUUGGUUUACUUCUUUCAAGCGUAACUAAAAGAUGGUGUUGGCUAAACCAUCUAUGUAAGUUCAAAUGAAGUUCGCUGUAAGGUAUUUUCAGCAUUUUCCUCUAUGAACAACAUUCUGAAUGUUUUAGCAAUCUCUGUGUUACUAGAAUGAAGCCUGUUAAAUGUUGAGUAACAGUGAAAAUUAGUAAAUGCAUCUGUUUAGGAUAGAAAUCAAGAAAACCAGUGAUCUAAUUGUAAAAAUAUUCCGCCUGCAUUUCCCUCAUUUGCUGGUUAUCUUUAUCUUUGCGCCUCCCGUUGUUUACAUGUUUACCCCGCACAUUGAUAUAAAAUGCUCUCAAUAUGUACUAUUAAUUUUUUACAAUUAUCCAGGCAAAGUGUAACAUGCGUAACAUUACAUAAAGACAAACAUCUGGAACUUGAAUUAGAUAAGUUUUCAGAUUAACUGUGUACUCAUAGUUCCUGUCAUCUCCCCAUUAUCAUGACUUAGUUGUGUAGUUCAUGACCAGUAUUUCUAUAUCAGUGUUAAAUCAUUUGAUAGAAGUAAGUGCAAAAUCAAAUGCUGAAUUUAAUCCAAACAAAAUCACUUUCCAAUUAAGUAUGUGGAAUUUUCAGUUAUAGCACAAUUAAAUUACUUCAACAGCUAGAAUCAAAGAUCGUCGCAUGAUGGAAAAAUUGUAUUAUCGCAAUGCAAGUGUUAAAUACUAAUUAUCUCUAGUUCUACCUGCAGUUCAUUAGACACUGUUUUCCUAUCCAUUGUGGUUGAUGUAGUGUGAUAAAUUCUCACUGACAUUGUCCGUUUGUGUAUAACGUCAUCUAACUUGGCACCCUUCGGAGUCUGUCAAUUCUUGUCCCCUGUCUUCAAAUAGUUUUUAGAAUAUACGUUACUUUGGUCUUUUUCGAUAGCACAAUUUUACUGUAGUACAUAAUUGUUCAUAUUUUUAAAGCUGUCGGGAAAAUGUUUUUUCUUGUAAAUAAAAAGCAGCAAAACUAC